AUGAUUUCAUUUGCAAAAUUGGCUGUAUUGGGACAAGAUGGUGAAAGUUUUCCUUGCAGGUCGUACGAUGUGUGGAACCAGGCGCGAGCUUCUCUCUACAUCAGCCUGUGCAUAGACGUUGCAUCCAAUGAGGGUCUUGAUGUCAAAUUCCCGGUUGCGACUGGUGGAGUUGGUGAAGUCUAG